AUGAUGACACCACUGGCGACAAGUGAGACGGAUGAGGCGGAGUUGCGGCAGAAACAAUUUCAUCUCGCCCUCUUCCGUCUCCGUCUAUUACUCGCAUUAAAUAAAAAAAACAAAACCGUAAAAGUGGAAAAAGUAGAAAAAGAAGAAGAAGAAGAGGGAGUAAAAGUAGUAGAAAUAUUCUCACCAGUAACUAUAAAGAAAUCACCCUUGUAUGUGCAGAAGGUUGGAUCUGAAGUCUCAUUUACACACAACAGUUCACUUCAUUCGGUUGAUUUAGAUGAAGAGACGGAUGUGUGCCGGCAGGAAUUAAGUGUAGAACAGAAAGAAAAUAAUAAUAAUAAUAAUAAUAGUAAUAAGGAAGAGGAAGAAGAAGAAGAAGAUUCUGUUAUUUCUCCGGUAAUUCCACUUCCCUCAUUAUUAUGGCCAAUCCCAACAUCUCAGGAACGACUUGAAGCUCUUGAAAAGAAAAGACAACGACAACAAAGACGACGUAAAGAAAGAGAUGAUGAAACGGAAAGAAGUUGGCUUUGUAGUACUCCUCUUAGAGCUAUUGUGCGAUCAAGUGGAAUUCCUCUUGUUCGUACUACUAGUAAUACGAAUACAAAUAGUAAUAUAGAUACUGGGGAUAAGAAUAUGCAGGAAGUAGAUAGUAAGGAUACCUCCUCUCUUACCAUGACAGCGGAUCGUAGUGAUAGGUGUAGUUCUCAGGAUACAUAUGCAUCUUCUCAUGCUUCUCAUGAUGAUGUUUAUAUACAUGAAUUAGCUCGAGAGUAUGGUUCAACUUCUACACCUACUACCGCUACUACUACUACACAUUUUCGUCAACUUUCUGCAUCUAUUAGUGUUUCUGGAGGAUGUCGAAGGGGUUCUUUUAGUCCUCAACGAACAGAACCUGUUAUUGCGGCUGUUUUAUCUAAUGAUAGUACAGCUGCUAACACACAAACAGAGUUUGACCAAAUUGGUUCAGGUAAAGCGGAACCGUAUACAUCGUAUCUUUUUUCACCAUUUGUAAAAGUUUUGGAUUUAAAUAGUUUAGCCCCCUCUGUCGUUGAUAAUAAUGAUAGUAAUAAUAAUGGAAUUGGAGGAAAAGAUGGAUGUACGUGUGUACGUUUCUCUCCAGAAGAAAAUUGUUAUCUUAUUGGUACACAACGAGGUGGUUUGUGGUUUAUACAAAUAGAAACACAAGGAAGUAAUACUUCUACCAGUGUGAAUACAAAUACGAAUGUUAUUACUACUAAUACUACUUCUAUUACUACUAAUACAAAACCUUUAAUGCUUCAAGGCCAUAGUGCUGCUAUUAUGGAUAUUGCUUUUAAUAAUGCAGGAACUUUUUUUGCUUCAGCUGGUGCAGAUGCCUGUGUUAUUCUCUGGAAUAAACGAACACGACUUAAGGUACGUCGUAUUAAUACAGAAGGUGGAAUACCUGCUAGUGUACAUUUUAUGCCAAAAAAUAAUAAUUAUCUUCUCGUUUCACUUCCACAACAACAUCUUAUUCGUUUAUAUAAUAGUUCCACAGGUCUUCCUGUUACACGUAAAGGUGUAAUAACACGUAUUGAAUUAACAGUUGUGGCCAUUGAACCCUGUGCAGAUCCUUUUCUUUUUGUUGGAGAUGUAAAUGGUACUAUUACAAUGUGGAGAUAUCGUGUUAGUAGUAGUGAUACAAACAAUGCCUUACCCCCAGUUAUUGUGGAAGAACGAAAAGGGGUAAUACAACAACAACAACAAUCAUUACUACUACCUCGACAUGAGGGAAAUAGUGGGAAACAUACAGAUUCUAUUCGAAGUUUAGGGCAACAACUAAAGCAGGGAGUCCAUAGAUCACAUCUGCAUCAACCGUUAACAACAACAACAACAACAACAACAUCAACAACUCCUUUUAUGAUAGAAAGUCAACCACAUUUUGUAAAAAUUGGAAGUUUGACGGUAGAAAAAGGUAUUCCAGUUGGAACACUUGUAGUCAGUUCAAUGAAUUAUCGUCAAUUUUGUUCCCUUUUACAUGCUCAAAGUGUUGCUCAAAAAUUAUCUGAGAAAACUGGAAUUAAAAAAUGGGGAUCAAAUGCUUUUGCAGGAGGGACGCGUCAACAUAGUGAUCCUCUGUUGGGAAGUAAAAGUAAUGAUAUCGCGAACUCUGUACGAACAGCAUGUAAUUUAAUGUUGUUAGCCUCAUUUCCCUGUGAUCGUUUAGUAAUGCUGUGUAUACAACCAGGUAAAUCUACUCCACUUGAAUAUAAACUUGUACCUAUGUUAGUAAUAAAUGGAGCAUGUCGUAUCCGUCAGUUAUCGGCAGGUACCGCUUUUUGUGUGGAUAAUAAACGUUCUCCUACUGUUUCUUGUACUUGUGAAGAAGGUUUUGUACAUAUUAUUACAUGUAAUACAUCCUUUUCUGUUGCGAUAGGGGAUGAAAAAAAGAAAAAAAAACCUUUUCAAGAUUCUACUUCAUCACUUUGGAGUAUAAUGACAACUUUACCUGUUCCUUCUGGUGGUAUUCCAUGUAGUCUUGCAUGGUCACCGGAUAUGCAAUUUUUAGUAGUGGUAACGGAAGAAGGUACACUUUAUCAAUGGCAACGUGUUAAUCCUUUACAAGGGCAACAACCCCCACAACCAUCACAACAGCAACGACAACAACAACAACGCCAUCUUCAGCAACAUGAUGUAGGUAGAGAUUUAACAAGUACGAAUAAUCGUGACUAUAAUAAUGAUUCUAUAACUGGUACAAGACCAUUGGAUGAAGUAGAUGAAUGGCGUAUUUAUUUUAAACGAGAAAAGGAGAGACAGAUGCGUUGCCAUCGUGCAGAAAGACGAACCGCUAAUCCCGCAACCACAGGUGAUGGUGGUAGUAGUGAUUCGUUA